CCCACUAUGUUGUAUUCAGACACAUUAUUAUGAGCCUCGGGAAAGUGCGGGAUUUCAGGAAGCCAGUGUCACCAGCGAUGAAAGCAGAGAUCAGUGGCUUCUUGGGAGGCGGUACGUGACUUCAAGGAGCGGGGAAAUAAAAAAUAGAACAAUAAAACAGAGUGGAGAUGGGAAAAUAACUGGAGUAAAAACCAUCGAGACGGAUUCUUCAGGUUGAUAUAACGAGAACGAAGAGGUUCCACCAGGUCUCAGUCUGAAAGAGCCCCUUGGACAAUUAUCGGUGGUUCAGUAUGAUUGGCAGGUACUCGUUAAUUGUUUUCAUUAUUUAUUUAAUAAUUGUCGAAGGUGCAUUGGGGACCACUGUUUAUCGCAGGCGACCUCUCAGGUUCUCCUAUACCAGAGAUUCGGAAAUUUCUGCUAGUGAUGGAGCCAAGAAUAUUGAUAAACGAAUUGAAGCAGGUGGUGGACGUCUUCAUGAAGAGGAGCAUUACGAUUCUUCCAAGGAGAAAGCUCAAAAGGAUUACAAGGCGCAUCAUGAGGCGGACAAGGUGGCGAAGGGUCACCACGACAAGGACACCCACAAGAAGGUGUACGACGAGAAAGCAGGACACCAGAGGGAGGAUCACGAAGAGGAGGAUCACUAUGCAGAGGAACACAGCGGUGAGAGAGGCGGAAAAGAGGCGGAAUUCGAGGAGAAUGGAAAGCACAACAAGGGACACAGCACCAAGGGACAGCACAACAUCUUCAAGAAGGACGAGUACGAGAAGAAGCACGAUUUUUACGACGAGUAUCACGAGAGUGACGAAGAGGAAAAACAAGGGGGAUAUCUCCAAAAACACGAGGAUAAAAAAGGAGGGAGUCAUCGUGGGGGUCAUAGUUCCGGUGGAGGUGACGAGCACCACCAUGGCAGUAAGAAAAAACACAAAUCCGGUGGUCACCAUCUAGAUGACAAAGGUCACAAAGCCGCAGAAGGUCAUUCAAAUCAUCAUAAACAUGGCGAGGUACAUGGAUCGAAGAGUGGACAUGCGAAGGCAAAGAAAUGGAUUCACAAAACGAGACGAUAGAUUUAUCCCCUCAUUUUUCUCUGGAAUUAAUUAAAUAAAUAAACAAUACAUC